AUGGCUCCGCCACCUGCGGUGCCGGAAGCGGACCACCAGGACGACGACGACGGCAUCCCGGAAGGGACCGGGGUAGACCUGAGAGUGGCGGUACGUAGGCUCAAGGCCAGGAAUACCGCCCCAGGACCCGAUGGCUUGCCUGGCAAAGCCUGGGUCCUGGCCUCGGAGGCUCUCGGGCCCCGACUGGAGGGGCUCCUAAGCGCAUGCUUGGAGAGAGGCCAAUUCCCGCUUCGUUGGAAGACGGGGAAGCUGGUCCUCAUUCGGAAGCCGGGGCGCCCUGCGGACUCUCCGUCCGCAUACCGGCCCGUGGUGCUGCUCGACGAGGUGGGCAAGCUCUUUGAAAGAGUCAUUGCAAACCGCCUCGCCGAGCACCUUGCGGGGACGGGGCCGGAUCUUGCGGAACACCAGUUUGGUUUCCGCAAGAGGCGCUCUACGGUGGACGCCAUCAUGCGCGUGAGAGCCCUCACGACGGGGGAUGCAGUGGCCAGGGGGGGGGGUUGUUUUGGCGGUGUCUCUCGACAUCGCCAACGCCUUCAACUCCAUGCCCUGGAGCUGCUUUAG